CCCCACCCCCCCCCAGCCAAGCUAGGCUGAGCAGUGCCUACGUCGGCCUCGACUCCCGGGGGCUGGAGGAGUUACCUUUGGAUCCCGAAAGGAGGAAGGAAGCAAAAUAUCAACAACAGCCGAGGCGGCUUGGGCGCUCGGUCUCGGUCCCCAGCUUGCUCGCCGCCCGUCUGCUGGCCCCCGCUCCCACGACGGGGGCCCGGGCCCCCCGGCGCCGCCCAGGGCCAGCGCGGACGCCGGCCUCAUUUAUUAUUCUCUUCGCUCGAAGCUGCGGCUUCCAGGUGUUGAAGAUCCCCCGGACAAGGAGCAAAGGCUACCCUCUCCCUGCCCUGACACCCCCUUUUCCCCAAGCUGGGCUGGAGGCUGUGUGCAGCUGUCUUGCAGACCAUGAACUGAGCGCCAGUCCCAGACUGUUCAUGAGCACAGUGUGAGGUGUGCCGAGACCCACAGCCCGGCAAACCCCUCUGUCCAGCAUUGAGGUCCCCCGGAGAAGAUGGGGAGGAAAAAGAUUCAGAUCCAGCGAAUCACUGAUGAGCGGAACCGGCAGGUGACGUUCACCAAGCGGAAGUUUGGGCUGAUGAAGAAGGCUUAUGAGCUGAGCGUGCUGUGUGACUGCGAGAUCGCGCUCAUCAUCUUCAACCACUCCAACAAGCUGUUCCAGUAUGCGAGCACUGACAUGGACAAGGUGCUGCUCAAGUACACGGAGUACAACGAGCCGCAUGAAAGCCGCACCAAUGCCGACAUCAUCGAGACCCUGAGGAAGAAGGGCUUCAACGGCUGCGACAGCCCAGAGCCCGACGGGGAGGACUCACUGGAGCAGAGCCCCCUGCUGGAGGACAAGUACCGGCGCGCCAGCGAGGAGCUGGACGGGCUCUUCCGGCGCUAUGGGUCAGCUGUCCCAGCCCCCAACUUUGCCAUGCCUGUCACGGUGCCCGUGUCAAAUCAGAGCUCACUGCAGUUCAGCAAUCCUAGUGGCUCCCUGGUCACCCCUUCCCUGGUGACAUCAUCCCUCACAGACCCGCGGCUCCUGUCUCCCCAACAGCCAGCACUACAGAGGAACAGUGUGUCUCCCGGCCUGCCCCAGCGGCCAGCUAGUGCAGGGGCCAUGCUGGGGGGAGAGCUGACCAGUGCUAACGGCGCCUGCCCCAGCCCUGUCGGGAAUGGCUAUGUCAGUGCUCGGGCUUCCCCCGGCCUCCUCCCUGUGGCCAAUGGCAAUAGCCUAAACAAAGUCAUCCCUGCCAAGUCUCCGCCCCCACCCACCCAUAGCACCCAGCUUGGAGCCCCCAGCCGUAAGCCUGACCUGCGAGUCAUCACUUCCCAGGGAGGAAAGGGGUUAAUGCAUCACUUGAACAGUGCCCAGCGCCUGGGGGCCUCCCAGUCCACCCACUCACUCACCACCCCAGUGGUCUCCGUGGCAACGCCGAGUUUGCUCAGCCAGGGCCUCCCCUUCUCUUCCAUGCCCACUGCCUACAACACAGAUUACCAGCUGACCAGUGCAGAGCUGUCCUCUUUACCAGCCUUCAGUUCACCUGGGGGGCUGUCGCUAGGCACUGUCGCCACCUGGCAGCAGCCCCAGCAGCCCCAGCAGCCGCAGCAACCGCAGCCUCCGCCACAGCCUCAGCCUCCACCACAGCCACAGCAGCAGCCACCUCAGCAGCAGUCCCACCUGGUCCCUGUGUCUCUCAGCAACCUCAUCCCGGGCAGUCCCCUGCCCCACGUGGGUGCUGCCCUCACAGUCACUACCCACCCGCAUAUCAGCAUCAAGUCGGAACCAGUGUCUCCAAGCCGUGAGCGCAGCCCUGCGCCUCCCCCUCCAGCUGUGUUCCCAGCCGCCCGCCCUGAGCCUGGUGAUGGCCUCAGCAGUCCAGCCGGGGGCGCCUAUGAGACGGUGGAUCGGGAUGAUGGACGGGGGGACUUCGGGCCCACACUGGGUUUGCUGCGCCCGGCCCCAGAGCCUGAGGCAGAGGGCUCAGCUGUGAAGAGGAUGCGGCUUGAUACCUGGACAUUAAAGUGACGAUUCCCACUCCCCUACUCCCAGCUUCCCUGAUGAAGAGUGACAAUCUCACCGCCCACCCCCUGUCCUGGGCUCCUCCCGCUCGACCCCUCUUCCUUUCUUGUGCUCCGUGUCCUGUUGACGGUUACAUUUGUGUAUAAUUAUUAUAUUAUUAUUAUUAUUAUAUAUUUUUUAAUUUGGAUUCUCGCUUUGGAGAGGGGAUGCUCUCAUCCCCUCUUUCUACACCUCCCACCAUUUUCAUUGGCUGGGGGGCUCUCUUUUUUGCGGGAAGGGGGGGACACUUUGCACGUUGUACACAUAUGCUGCAGGAAGGGGGUGGGGCCCCGACAGGCCUUUGGGAAAAGAUGGGUGCUGAGCCCUGCCUGCGGAGCCUUCCUAUCCGUCCCCAGACAGAGGGAAAUAACCAAAAAGACUACAAACAACAACCCCCACACAAUAGACUAAACCCCAAAGUUGGCUUGCUGGUGGGUUUGUGUUUCAAGAAGAAAGAAGGCAGAGGUUCUGAAAAGUCCCUUUGCUUCUGGGCUGUUCAUGAGGCUGUACGCACAUGGGGCUGAAUACCCACACCAGCCCCCACGUGCCCCUGCAUGCCCAUGGGACAUACUCGCUGACGUUUGUGCUGCACCCCCCUGGUGUAUGGGUGCUGGCUGGGCUUUGGGCUGGGAAGGCUGCCUGAAAAUCUGAGGACAGGGCAGGGAUUUGAGGUGGGAGCCUCUCUGGAAGCACAUUUGGAGAGAAAGAGCCAUGAGAAGGGGGAUGAGGAAGGCCGGGGCUGGGCAAGGGGCAGAUUGGGGCCCCCUCCCUUCCCCAGCUUUUUCUCUAAGAUACACAGUGCAAUAGCUCCCCAUCCUUCAAUUGAUGCCAGCCCUGUACAGCUGGCCGCAACGUGCAGGGAGGAGGAAGAAAGGGACUUGGUGAGGUGGCUCAGGGCAAGAGCCGGCCUGGGGCUUUCAUGGGGUGAGUGUGGUGAGGGACGUCCUGGGGCUUGCACGCACACUGCCCAGAGGAGCAGUCCGGAUGGUCUGUGGAGGCAGGAGGUCCCAUCGCGGAGCACCUGCCUCCCAAGCUCCUCCGGGGCCUCUCCCAGCCGCCCAUCCCCUGGGCAGCCCCUCCUGCUCCCACCACUUCUCCCUGCUCUUGGCGCCCACUGUCUCUUGCUACCUCCUUGUCCUGCCACCUCCAGGCUGCACCCCACCUUCCCUCUUGGCUACUGUAAUUGUAAAUAGCGACCUUUGGAAAAUGUUAGCAGUGUAACAGUCCAGGAAACUGUUUUUUUUUUGUUGUUGUUGUAUUGAUAUGAAAUGAGAUUCUAUUUUUGUCAAAGUAUAUUGUAAUAAUAAUGACUCAAACGGCCCGUACUGUACAGAUGAGAUUCUUCUGCUGUUGUUUUUGCUCCCCCUCCCAUCCCCUGAGCCUUGCCCUUCUCUAUUGCCUCCUGGGGGGGAGGGCGGUGGGCAGGGGGCCCAGGGCAGCUGAAGCUUGGGGUCCUGAGUCCUCAGGCUGGAUCAGAGAUAAAACUGAAGGGAACAGACUCCCAGCCUGCCAUUCCCCAGUGUACCCUGCCCCCCUCCUUACCCAAGGCCAGUUCCUCUGCCCAAGGGGUGCAGUACUCCCUUGGGUUUCCUGCCAGUUGGAGGGUAAAGCCAGACAAGGCCCACUGUUGUGGCAGACAACCUUCUUUGCCCGCCUCUGUGACCCAGUCUUUUGCAGUAUUCCGACACGUGACACAAGGAAGGAACCAGUAGUAGAGGGGUGUGCAUGACCACACACAUACCUGAGUGUGUUCAUGAGGGCACCUGGUGUUUGUAUGUGCAAGCACAUGUGUGUUUGGAGGCUUGGAGCCUGUCUGGGUGUGUUUGGAAACCUGUAUGAUUGGAGCUCAGAGGCGUCUCUGUGCUGGGUGGGCUGCUGUGUGUUUACAAUGGGGAAGGUGUUCCUGCCAGCUCCACAGCCCUGGCCUCCAGCUCUCCUGUCCCCUCCACACUGACAGGUCUGAAAUGCAGCUAGUGGGGCUGGUAGCUGGCCCUUUGCAUGUCCCUACAGCCCUACAAAGACCUCUGCCUCCACACAGUUGUGUCCCCAUGGCCCCCCACACUAUGGUCCCCUAGCCCAGGCCUGCUUUCAGAGCAACAUUCAAGAUCCUCUUCCUCCCCAAAGCUUUUUCCUCAACUGAGCAGUGGUCCUUCCUCACUCACAGCUUAGCCCUGACCUGCUGACCAGACAGGGACACAGCAUGUCCAGCCUUCCCACCUCUCUUGCCGGUUCCUAGAGGGAAUUGCAGGAACUGAUGAGUCUUGAUCAAGAAGCCGGCGUGCAGCCCUGUGCAUGCAUGCAUCUCCCUGGCACCUGGCACACACUAGGCGCUCAGUAUAUACUGAAAUGGAUGAAUAGUUGAAUGAUAGGUGCUCAACAAACAUUGAAUGACUGGCCUUCCCUUCUCAGGUUCUGCCCACCUCCUGAGGCCAGGCUUGGCCCCCCGUGAGCCCAGGUGGAGCGGGCCUGCAGGUCACAGGUCACAGUACUCACCAGUUUUGCCCUCUGCCUCUUGAGGCAAGUCUGGUUUUUGAUUACCCUGUGUGGAUGUGUCUGUGUCCUUUCCUCUCUGUCUUUGGGGACGGGGUGGUCUGUGAGUGAAAAUGUGACAUUUCUGCAGUUCAGUGCCCCAAGAUUUCUCUUGGGGUCAGGGGCUCCUGGCUGGCCAGAUGAAUGGGUCCCUGGGAACCUAGACUUCAAACGGGGACUGACUUUCUUCUUCCUCUCACAAGCCAAAUUUGCCUCCACCCACUCCCUCUGAAGAACUGGGCACUUGCCAAAGUAACCACUGGAGUCAUCUGAUGCCCCUCCUAUUCCAGGUUUCCCACAGCUUUUGGGGAUGGGGUCAGGAGGACCCUCCACCUCAACAGAACGCGCCACACCCUCCCAAUAAUGCACUCAAGGCAGAGAGACUGACCCCUGACCCCACCUAACCCUCCCCACCUUGGACAGGAAGGAAGUAAUGCACCUUUUGCUGAUUAUUUAUUUGUUUGGAGAGACAAAAAUGAUGUAAAAGUGUAUCUAGAAAUAUCUAUAUCUCUCUAUAUUUUUAACUGACUCUUUGGAAUCCCUUGGGGUGGGGUGAGGGUAAAUUUAGGCUUUCAUAGAGGGGAGGAGACUUGGAGCUUGGGAACUCCUUGUCCUCCCCUCUGUUGUCCUCCCCGCCCCCUAAAGCAGUUGGUAGUAGGAAUGGGAUUACUAUGGGGGAAGUGGGGCUGGGAUAUUACAUGGAGAAUCUGGAUUCUCUCUUCUUCCCGGUUCAAAUCCCCGGCAGAGGGAGGGAGUCAGGAAGAGGAAGGGAGGGGUGGGACAGGCCAUGGAGGUGCCCCACCCCAAAACCCGACAAUCACCCACACUCCUGGGGCUCCUCCUGGGUGGUGGGGCUGGGUGAGUCCAAGUGUGGCUGUUGGUUUGUUUUUGAUAUUUCUUUUUGUGCUGUAUGGUGAUGCUUUCUUAGUAUUCUUCACAAUAAGAAAAGACAAAGUCCUCGAGAUUCUUAUGAGUUUUGUUUGAAAACUCUUUCACUAUAUUUGUUGUAAAGAGGUUUACUAUUAAAAGGAAAAGAAUACACAUUUCUGAUA